CAGUCUAAGUACUUAGCCACAUUAACUUGCUCCUUAUUUCCCACGAGGCUCACCAAACAUCGAUAACAUUAGAGCAUGCCAAACUGAGUUUUCCAUACGACUUCGAACGUGUAGUUUCAUUUCUGAGCUUACUACUCCAAACCUGCCAACAGUAAAACAGGAAUUCCGUGGCUUACGCUCACCACUUGGAAUAAACGUCCUGCACAUUCCUUCUCAGACAGAACCGGAGGGAUCGCGCACAAGAGUCGCAGUAGAGUAAAAAGGAGCAUCGAAUCCUCUAGUCUCCAUCUCCCACCCGAGAAGCCUCCUACUAGGGACUCUGCUCCAAGUCGGCGCGUGUAGAGCACACAGCGAGUAGCUUUCCGGCGACACCAUGGUGCAGGUGGAACAGCCAUCACCACAGCCUCCAGUUGCCACAGCAUGGGUCCCAACCAUCACCGUGGUGCAGGGACCGCAUCUAGUGGUGAUGGAGAGGCGCGACGUGGUGGUGACGGCGGUGGUGUGCACCGUGCUGGCGUUGCUGCUGGUGGGAGGUUCUCUCGCCGCCUGCUACUGGUGGCGCCGCCGGAAGCGCAAGAGGGAGGCAGACAACGACGGCGGUGGCGAGGGCGGUGGGGGUGGCGGCGGUAGCGGCACCCCGGCCAAGGAGCGCCGCGUCAACGGCUUCCUCAGCCUACGCACGCCCCUCAUCUCCACCAAGGCUCUCGGGUGA